AUGUUUGCAGUGUGGAAGUACGGCACCGAGGCCGACAACGUGCAGCAUAUUCGGCAAGCAGCGGAUCCCGCCGCCUUUACCCGGCUUCAAGCAUGCAAUAGAUGCCACUCAAAAAAGAUCAAGUGCAGCGGCGACAAGGACGGAUGCGCACGAUGCGUCGCCGGGGGCCACGCGUGCGACUACAACCGCUCGAGUCUGCGCUUUCGCAAGAGCAAGAGCCCAGAAGGCAGCGUCAAGUCCGCCAGUCCCACUCCCUUUCCUCACAGGAGAAGCACGUCCUCUGCGAAGCACGAGAAGCGCCGUUCGGCGCGCGCAAUGCAGCCCACGCCGCCUCCGUCAACAACGGGCUCGCCCAUUGCCGGCUUCGCCAACGAGGUGUUUUCGACACAUGCGUCCAGCUCAAUGCUGGAGCCCAUGGACCCAAUCGACAUGAUGUGUCCGCCAAUGACGAGGAGUGUGCCGUUUUCGCUGUACGAGACGCAUGGGGUGCCUGACGGAUGCUACGAUGACAAUUGGCCCUCGUACACGAGUGGCUAUCCGACGGCCGUCGUGCCAGACCUCAGCGCGGAGUAUCUGCAAUUGCUUCAUCCGAGCCGCGACGAGUUAGAGUACUACACGGCAAGCAGGCGUGUCGGCGUCUGGCCACAACAAUAA